AUGCCACAAAAUUUUAAUAAUUUACCAACAACAUAUCAUAAAUGGAUCCCUCAUCCAUCCACAAAUGCAUUUAAACAACCACGAGUAUUAGACUGGAGACCAUUACAGGGUCAAGUGGAUGAUUCCUUUCAAAUUGAAUUAGAUAUACAUGAUAUCGACCCAAGUCUUUUAAGAAUCGCUUUUAAUACUUGUUUCACCACAUGUCAAUAUUCACUGAAUACAGUCACUCAAACAAUGAUACUUCAUACGACUGUGCCUAAUACAGAUUAUGUUUCUUGUACAAACUUAUCAAGAGUCCCUAUUUAUCUUUUAGUUGUACAAGAUCAAAAUAAAAUUUUGGAUUGCUGGUUUAUUGGCUAUUUCUCAUACUUUUUAACAAACGAAUUUAAUCAAUUCAAUAAUACAACUACAAUAGCAGACACUUCAAAACAACAAGAACACAUAGUUCCUUCACAACAAACGAAUCAUAGUACUGAUACAGUUCAUCUUACACAUCCAACAUCACCUUCUUCUCUAACAACUAGUAUGUAUGCACCUACAAAUGUAUCUUCUUAUUAUCCAACUACGACACCAGGUUAUCUUAAUAUGGCUGCACAUGUUCCUUAUAUAGGUUUACCUCCAACUCAACCCUCUUCAAGGCCAAGAGAAUAUUUUGAAGAACAAUCUAUGUUAAAUUAUUCUCCUAACACAUUUCAAUCAACUUAUCAACAUGAUAAUCAAAUGGAUACAACAUCAGCAGCAGCAGCAGCAGCAGCAGCAUCUUUAUUAAGUGCACAAGUACCACCGACAGCACCAGCACCACCAGCACCAGCACCACCACCAUCAUCAUCAUCUCAACAUGAAGGAUACAUGGUACCUAUUGUUGAUACACUAUCUCAAUUUUCACAACCAUUACCAAUCCUUCCAUCUUCUCCUUCAGUCUCUUCAACUACACCACAUCCAAUACAAAUAAAACCUGCUCAGCCUCAUCCUCAUCCACCUUCAUUAGCUAUCACAUCCACUGGUACCCCCGCUGCUUAUCCGCCACCUAUCAUUCACUCUAAUCCAUUUGCUAAUCUUCUUAACAGGCCUACGUUACAUAUUGAAAAUGACUUGGAGACAAUGAUGGAGAAUUGGACACGAGAUGAAGAAAAUAACCAACGUCGUCUUGUUCGUUUCUUUCGUCGUCAAGAGGGUAAUGAAAUCUUUUGUCAUUGUGAACGAUUCGAGAUGCCAAGUAUCACUCUUGAACGACCACGGCCUGAUCUACGUCAUCAGAUCCUUGUCUCCUGUAUUCGAUGGGAGGAUGAUUAUUAUAUUACAUCCGUAGAUUGUAUCUUUCUGUUACAGCACCUCUUAGGUGUCUCAUUUACAGUUGAAGAAAAGAAUCGUAUUCGAAGAAAUCUAGAAGGAUUUCAGCCUCGAACCGUAGCCAAGAUGAAACCUGAGUCCGCUGAAUUCUUUAAAUUAAUUAUGGCCUUUGGUGAUCCUAAACCUCGAAAUAUCGAGAAGGAUCUAAAGGUAUUUCGUUGGAAGGAUCUAGAUAAAGCUUUAAAAAAGAUUAUUGGCAAGUAUACAGCAAGUUAUAGCAGUACAGCCAGUGUUUUGGAAUCGGUAGAUCGAUAA